GGCACCAGCGGACGAACAAGCAGGGCGGGAGUCCUCUGUCACCCCCCGAGCCCCCUGGGUCUGGCCGAGAGUGGGGAUGCCGCUGAAGGUAGUGGUGGAGCUGCAGAUCCAUGCGGUCACUUGUCCUGGAGUAUACUUGACAGAGAAGAAUGAUGUUUAUCUCACUGUUUGCAUCCUGGGUCAGAGCAAGGAAACUGAAUCCCUUCCUUCCAUUUUCCCACUCUUGUUUCAUGAGAAAAUGUGGUUUGAAAAGGUAUUUGAAAAAGCUAAAGACCCUAUUGCUGUAGUAGAACUGCUAGGAAGAAAUGUGACAAAAUUUCGGCUAUCUGAACUAAUACCUACAGAGAGAGAAGGGCUAGCAUUUUAUGAAGUGAAUACUCGAGAUUUUCUGUUUCCGGAGCCCAAACUGACUCCUGUUUAUCCUGGUGUGGACAGAGAGUUACUGAUGAAAACCCAUCCAACUUUCCCAGGCAUUGCACCAAAAUUGGAGUUUUCCACAAGGACAACCAUUACUGAACUUCCACUUCGGUCCAGAAGAUGGUACCACGACAGAGGUAAAAUCAAGCUACAAAGGCCUACCUCUGCAUCACCUCAGCGAAGGAGCAUCUCACCAAUACGAUGUAGACCCACAAGGAGGAAUAGCAUCUGUAAGAGAUUUACAAGAUCCUUAGGAUCCCGUUCUCCAUCUCCAAGUCCAGCAAAACACUUCCAUGAGUUUGGUAGAGACAAUCAGAAGCAACUCUCUCCUUUGAGCUUUAGGUCUGUUAAGUUCAAAACAGAACCAGAUCUCAGGCCACCUUUUGUAGUUAGACAUGUAGACCCUUCUAAAUCAUUUGCUGAACAGACUCCGUCUCUGGUACCAUAUCGAAAUGUAAGACAAAAUGUGAGUCCGGGAAGGAAUUCGCACAAAUCUCAGCUGAAACGAGCAUUAUCUUUUGAUAGCUGGAAAGCAUCAUGUCCUGCAGCUAAGGUUAUCAGAGAACCAGAUGCCUGCAGCAGUUCCAAUCAUGUUUCAUCGUUUCUUGAAAUAGAGCAACCUCUUGAUUACUCAUGCAGUGAUUCUACAUUUGACCACAAAUCAUCAGUUGGAUCCCCAAACUGUUACCGGUCACUAAGUCCUAGUGAGAGAUGGGAAUCUUCCCACCAGAGGUUGUACUCUAGCCCCAGUGCCAGUUGGGAGGAGAUUAAUGAGAGAGUGAGGAAUCUCUUAACCUCAGAGGAGGCCAAACAGAGACUUUUCCUUGGAGCCACUGAUUCUGAGAUUGAUGAUGUCCUUGAAAGAAGGUCUAUCUCUUUGAGGUCUUCCCCGCUAUGUGACUCACUAGGACAAAGAUACUGUUCAUAGCUGUCAUUGACAAGAUAAUACAGUGCCUUCACAGAGAUAAUGCAGUACCCAUGGUAAUGCAGAAGACCUAGUGGUGCCAAAUCUCCAUUCGAGAACCGACUUGUGGAUGAAUUUAUUUUCUGUGUGAUGUUAUAUCCAUACUGAUUGGAAAACAAAGUCUCUAAAUGUUAUGGUUGUGCUGAGAAAGAAGUUUGAUUAAAUGGCUGAUUUAUGUAACCUAUCAGCUUAUUAAGAAGGAAGUAAUAAUAAUGUUGAUGGCAUAAUGCAUCCUUGAACUUUGGCUGCUGAAAGGGUUUUUUUCUGUGAAAAACUUCUUGGAAUUUUCAUGCUGAUAGGCUUUUUCUUUCAACAGCUUAUGGCUGUGCUUAGCUGAAGUGGUUUUGAAAUAAAUGGAAUUACAACCAAUCAGGAGUGUCAUUUUGAAUUUCAUCAAAAUGUCAGUCAUGUAUGAGAAAGAUUCACUGGUAGGAUAUGUUCAAGAUUAAAUUGCAAAAUAAAGAUUUUUCAGAGUU